AUGGAAAUCAUCCCAUUCGCCAGAAAAUGGAGGCGAUCGAGGGCCUACUCCAGGCUCUCCCCAACCAACAGAAGAAACCUCAAAGUCGCCAGGCUCGGAACCGCCGACGCCGACAGACAGAAGCGGCGCCCGUCGUGGAGGCUCCGGCUGUCCCGAAAGCUCCGGUUGAAAUCGGUGGCGCCGCCGGCGAGGCUGUGGAACAGAUUCAGAAACGCAUACAUGAAGAUGAUGAUGAGACUGGCGGAGGUGUCGGGGACAUCCAACGGCGGCGACGUGUUCGGAGACAGACGGUCAGGGUCACGGUCAGGCAUGACGUAUAAUUAUUCGAGGGCUGAGUUCGAGAACCGGCUCGUCCUUGAGAUAUGUAAAUCCAUGGCGGCUUCUCUUGAAUUGGGAUACCACAAAUAA